GGUAGAUUAGGCGUCAGGGCCUGUCUAUAAUGUCUCAUUUUUUCUGGUACUCAAACAGUUAGCGGAAUUGAGGCAAGAUGAGCGAAUCACAAUCAACUACGAGGAAUUUACGGCGUGCCAAGGCAUGCAAUACAUGUCGGCGUAAAAAGGUCAAAUGUGACGGAAAACGCCCUGCUUGCUCACCCUGCCAUGCCUUCAACUUGCCGUGUGCAUAUCAAGAUGUUGCAGAACGCCGGAAUCGCGGAAGUCGGGCAUACAUUGAGGAGCUCGAGCAACGGAUCGAAAGAAUGCAGGCGCAAUUAGAGAGUCUGAGCAAGCCUGGAAAUGAACAGCGGAACGCGGAGACGCCUCGAGAAUCAACAUCACCUUCUGUUGAAGAUAGAGAGCUGGAACACCCGGCCCAAGGAAUACAUCCUUCUGAGACCGGUCAGAUGUUAUCAGAGGACGGUAUUCACCCUACCAGUGAUUGCCAUGAGAAGGAUCAAUCUUUUAUUAUCAAUGCCCAAGACGGCAGAACGCGCUACUUUGGAGCAUCUUCUGCAUUUUCCGCUCUGUCCGAUGCCACAGUCAGUGGGCCUGAGAACCAGACAGAGAUGGCAGCGCGGCGACGUGCACCCCAACGAAAUUCUAGUGCAUGGCCACUUACAAGUUGGGUGCCUAGUAUUCUUCAAGAUGGCCCGGAGAGACGCAGCUUUGAACCCCUUCCACAUAAGCAUGUGACAAUGCAAGUUCUUGGAGAAUAUUUUGCAACAUUCAACCAGGCGAUCCCACUUUUUGAUGAGGCAUCCUUCAUGAGGGCCGUUAACAGACAAUACUCGUGGAACCCUGACGAUAGUGCAUCAUGGUGGAUCUCACUCAACAUUGUCCUAGCCAUGUCAUACAGAGAAAGGACACAUGCGUCUCCUGACGGAAGUGACAACUGGAAAAGGUCGUUGGGGCAUGUCAAGAACGCAUUAAAUGCCGUCACCGAUGUUUUCCUUCGAAACACCGACCUUUCUGCCGUCCAAGGACUUCUGGGUCUGGCAUUAUACUUCCAGGGCACACCUAAUCCUCAAGCUCUCUUUAUGUUUGCGGCGGCGGCAAUGCGCCUUGCCCAAUCCAUCGGACUGCAUAGAAGCCCCGCGCAUGGAACUUCAUUCGAGGACGAGCAAAGGCGAAGAACAUUCUGGAUCGCCUUUUUCCUGGAUUCAGAUAUUUCCAUACGAGUGGGUCGCCCGCCAAUCCAAGAUAUUGAAGAUUAUGAUACAUCUUUACCGAUGGAGGAUCCACCGGAUGGAAAGGGCAUACUGAGUAUCGAUGGUAUAAGGAUCAACUUUUUUCGUCUACUCGUACAACUAGCCCUGGCUCAGCGGCAUGUAUAUAGACACCUUUACACGGUAACCAUUCGUCGACAAACUAGCGAGAAAGUGAUUGAAGAAGUAAAGUCUUGUGCAAAACUUCUUUUGAGAUGGAAGAAUUCUGUACCUCCAAGGCUUCAACCUCAGCGCGAAUUUGUUUGCCAACCCAGCUAUUUCUUACAACAUAUCGUUCGAUUGCACUUUGCCUACCAUUGCUGUUACUCCAACCUCUACCAGGUUUGCAUGUUUCAAGCAAACGCCACCCAGCGACCUAGCAACGGAAGGGACGAAGAUAUUUCUCUCAUUGUUUCACGCUCCCUCGACUCAGCACGUUCUGCAUUGGCCCUUCUCUCACACAUAAAUUUACUUGGUUCUACCUAUAAGUGGAAUGUGAUUUACUUUCCUGCGGCAGCAUCCGUCCCAUUGGCCUUAAGACUGCUCACAAACCCUACACAUUCAUUUGCUGGGGUUGACUUUGCAAUGAUCAGGGAUAUUGUUAAUUUCCUCGCGAAUACGGCGUCUGAGGAGCCUGGUACCUAUGUCGACUACAUAUUGGGCAUGUGCUCGGAUCUGGAACGCUCUGCUAGACAGGCCAUCAUGACAGCACAGCAAGGCCCUCGGCCAAUGGUCGGGGCGAAUAAGGAGAAUUCUGCACCCGAUGGAAUCCGUGAGGGUACCAGUCGCCCAGCAGGCUAUCCCAUAUAUAAUACGCUAUCGACAUCAUCAAGCAGCGCUCCUAUGUUGGAUGAAGGCUCUGCACAUACUAUGAAUAUCUUACCGCAAGCUCCUUACCCUGAUAUUGAAUUCCCGACUCUCGCAGCCGAGUACGAUGUGACACCAAACUGGCAGUGGUCUCUGCCACCAUUUUGGAAUUGGCAGGAUAUUGUCCCUGGUGUUCCCUCGUUUCCGGUUGUUCCAGGUGGGGACACACCAGAGGUAAACGUGCCUGAUGUUUGAUUGAGAUUCUUAUUAGCAGCCUUCAAUCUAGGAAUAUACAUUGACAUCCGCC